CUCACUUCGUCUGACUCCAUACUUUUCGCAGUGGUAGACUUUGCCUCGAAAAGAAUUGGAUGGUCUGCACUUGAUUCCGAAUCGUAGCUCAACCGAGCCUCCAAGAACAGAGAUUUGCCCCCUCGGCCAGUCAUAGACGCCUCGAAAACCAUUCCGCACAACCCCACUUGCUAGUCAAUUAUUCUUCACUUCCCCUCCGACCAUCACAAGCGCUCACUUGGUCACUCCCCAGUGCGACUACUUACUCCCACAAGCCAGCACCAUGGCGUCUCAGCAAGUGCCUACCCAGGCCAACAUCCAAUCCACCCAUCCUUUCACCUGCAACACAUGUCAGGUCGCAUUCCGCUCGGGCGAGCUGCAGCGGACGCACAUGCAAACCGACUGGCACCGUUACAACCUCAAGCGCAGAGUCGCCUCCCUGCCUCCGCUUUCUUCUGAGAUCUUCACCGAGAAGGUCCUCGCGAAUAAGGCCUCCGCUGCCGCUUCCGCCGCCAGGGCGUCUUUCGAGAAGUCUUGCGCCGCUUGCCAGAAGACAUACUUCAGCGAGAAUGCCUACGCCAACCACUUGAACAGUCAGAAGCACCGCACAAAUCUUAUGAAGGCGUCGAGGGGGCAAAACGACGAUGCCGUGUCAGUGAACGGGUCGGUUAUGAGCUCGGCGUUUUCUUUGGGUGAGUCUAUGGCCGAGUCUGAGGCUACAACCGCUGGGGACAGAGACGUCGCACACGUCACAUCUGGUCUAAAGAGCGCCAACUUGGAGGAUGGCGCCACAGAGGAGGCUCCUACCAAGGACGAUUCAAGCUCAGUCGCCACGUCCAAGAUCAUCACCGAUCCUCUGCAGGAUUGCUUGUUCUGCAACUACAAGUCGCCAACGAUGGCGUUGAAUAUUCACCACAUGGGCCGCCACCACGGCAUGUUCAUUCCAGAGAAGGAUUUUCUGUCAGACCAAGAGGGCCUUCUCAAAUAUCUCCACAGCAAAAUCCACGAGCAGCAUGCCUGCUUGAAGUGCCACAAGGCAGUACACACACCAUCCGGUAUUCAGACACAUAUGCGCGACCGUGGUCACUGUAUGAUUGCUUUCGAGGAGGACGAAGAGCUUGUCGAGAUCGGCGAGUUUUACGACUUCAGCAGCACCUACGACGACCAGGCCGCCUUUGACGAGAUGCAAGACGACGCAGAGGCAUCAGACGACUCUUCAUCGACAACAGGAGGUGGAGUCAAGCUUGGAGCUAGGCGUGAGGCCAAGACCACCACAGAAGAUGACAAGGAUAUGUCCAGCGGCGAGGGCGACGAGGGCUGGGAGACAGACAGCACAGUCUCGAGCGUUCCAACCGACGAAAUUGGUGCCGUGCCCAUUGACCGUACCCACCGCCACAAGGGUCUGCAUAAGUCGAGACACCACAACCACGCUGACCCUCGACCUCACCGGGCCGCGGACGGUUUCCACUCUCACGCACACGCCACACCCACCGCCGUCUAUCAUGACGAGUACGAGCUGCAUCUGCCCUCCGGCCGGACAGCAGGCCACAGGUCCCUCAACAAGUACUACAGGCAGAACCUACGCAACUACCCCGGUGUGGCCGAGCGCAUGGAGAACGCACAGCGCCGCCUCACCGCUCCCGAAAACGACGAAGACGGCGACACCGAGAUGGAGGACGGCGAGCAGCGUGGCCGUGGCAGUCGCGAAGUCAUUACCCGUGCUAAUGGUGGUUUGGGGAUGAUCGGCGUCAGUGACGAGAAGAAGAAGGAGGUUGCCAAGCUCGAGAAGAAGCAGCAGAAGCAGGCUGAUCGCGCGAGAAACAGGUACCAGGCCGGUAACGAAAAGAGGGGCAAUAACCAGAAGCAUUUCCGUGAUCCGCUGCUGCAGUAGUGGUCUGUAAAAUGUUGGGCACGGGUCAAGAGCAUGUUCGGCGUUCAUGGUAUGUGUCGUUAGACAUUGGCGGGUAGAUAUGCAUCAAUGAGUCACGAUAUCACAUCACUUGUCCUUGCAAGCUGUGAACGCAUCGACACUUGACCGAAAAUGAUGCAGUACAACGGGAUUGCAUCAUCCCUUGCAUCUAUACAACUAUCACACUAGCUGACUGGAAAUUCCCGUAACGCGGCAACACUUUUUCAAACUGAGAGCCUGUCGGCAGAAAGAUUCUCGCGUGCCGUAUCCAGCAAUCUUGUGUCGUUCAAGUUUGACCGUUUGCUUAGAAAUCCGACACGUUUGUAUCGCAAACCCUGC